AUGGCUGAUGCUAAACCUGCCAACAUGACUGCUGCUGUGAAAUCGGUCAUCUUUCAGACAGAAGCAACGGAGGCGACAAAGCUCCUUAUCCGAUACCAAGUAUCUUCCCUCCUGAUGGCUCAUCAACAGCGGGAAGUGCUUCCCAAGGUCGAACGUGUUGAAUUAAGAGCUGUCAAGGCCGACCGGGACAUCGUCAUCGUGCCAGCCGACAAGGGACGUUCUACGGUCAUAUUAGACAGAACCGACUAUCUUCAGAAAGCGAAAGACUUACUGAAGGAUCGUCAGUUUAAUGCUCCUUGUGGAAACAAUCCCAUCAAAAGGCUGACACGCAAAAUCAGUUUGACCCUGUUGGCACUAGAGAACUCACGUUCAGUAACGCCGUCUGGCUGGUGCAUGGUGAGGGCCCAAGAAACGGCCUUGGUCCGCUUCUUUGGCCUUCCCAAAGUGCACAAGGAGGGCGCUUAUCUCCGGCCCAUCGUAUCACUGAAAGGCACUCCAAAGUACGGACUGGCUAAGUGGCUGUUUCGGCGUCAUCGAACGGAAUCAGGUCCUCACGUUUAA